CUUCCAAGCUAGUUUUUUUUUUCUAAUUAGGCGGAAGGAUUCUGAUUCCUGGAAUGUAGAUCCGGAGUUGGUGAAGGAUGUAGAUGGGAAUGUGCUGCGGCUGCCAGUUGCAGGUUCUGUGAUCUCCCUGUUACUUUAUGCUCGCAGUAUCUAUUGAUGCAGCUACAGAAGGGCAACUGGGAAGGGAGCUCAGGCAUAGAGUGAAGCUCAGAUGGCCGCAUCAGGAGCGCUAUCCAAAUUAUAACCCAGGGCUUCAAUAAGAGCAUAUUUUACUAGUUGCAGUUUAUAUCUUUGCUGAUCGUUCAGCACACUGCGGCUUUGGACUUUACAGAAGAUUUAAUAUAAUAUUGUGUGACAAUAUGGCAGACCAUGUUUCUCCAAAGGUAAUAUUCCGAGAUGUUGCUGUUUAUUUCUCUGAAAAGGAGUGGGAUCUCCUUGAAGGAUGGCAGCGAGACCUUUACACUGGCGUAAUAAAAGAAAUUCAUGGAAUUCUCAUAUCCCUCGGAUUUAUUAUUCUUAAUCCAAACAACUUCUUAAGGAUUCAGCCAGAAGAUGAACCAUGUCGGAAAAGCCGUUAUGUGUUAGAAAGAAAUGAAAGCAUAAAUAUCACAGAGCCUGACUGUGGUUUGGUGAAUCCUGAUAUUUUAUUAACUGUCCAGCUUGGUGAAAAGCAGCGUGUUGCAGAUACUUAUGAAGAGGAUGGAGGAAGAAAUGUGUCACUGCCUAGCACAAGCAAGUUCAUUGACAAGUUUGGGGAAUAUACUGCUGUCAAGCAGGAAGCUCAUAUAGCAGAUUAUACAAUUAUUCCCAAUAUAGAACCGUUGAAUAGUCCAAAAAAGCGUUAUCCUUGUAAUCAACCAGUAUUGCGAAGGGCCAAUGUUCAGGAACAACCAUCCAAUAGCUUGCAUUUGGAACUGAAACGUGGGAUCAGAUAUUCUACUGUGCAGGGAAACCGAGCAUCUACCUCUGGUUUAAGUAAGCCAAAUGCUGUUGCAGUACCAGGAAAGUUCAUUAUCAAGAAGCCAUACAAUGUAUGUGAUAAGAACUUCAAUGUAAAAGCAUACCCAAAAAUCGAACCUCUAACUUUAAAAGUGAAAUCAAAAGAACUGCCAUCUAACACUGAAAAUGGAAGCUUGGAAGGAAGAAAAACGGUUAACUAUAUAAAUGUAGACAAGACCAUCAGUGAGAGACAAGUCACUCAGAAACUCAACUUAGGAAAUAUAUCUUUGAAAAACAAAGGAAAAGUUCCAUACAACUUGAAAAGUAGCGGGUACUGCCAAAGAAUGUUGAGAUGGUCAAUCACUCAAAAGGAAGAAGUGACACAGAAACGAUAUUUAGCAGGAGCUCAAGUUUCUAAAGAGCCAGAAAGGAGCUUUAACUGUACCGAAUGUGGGAAGAGAUUCUUAAAAUUAUCUGACCUUAGGCUUCAUCAAGGAAGCCACAGAAUAAAAAUCAAGCAAUUAAAUGGUUGCAUUAUUCAACUGAAAAGCCAUCAGAAUGUCCAGGCAAGUCAGAGGCUGUCCAUCGAGCAGAAAAAUUCAAAUGCAGGUUCACCCAAAAACAUAUCCGGGGCAAAGUCGUUAACGUGUGCCGUGUAUGGGAAAAACGUCAGCCCCAAUACCCACGUUGCAACGCAUCCUAAAACACUUGUAAGAGAGAGACGGUUUGUGUGUAAAUUCUGCGGAAAAAGGUUUCAGAAUAACAGUAACCUUAUUGGGCAUGAAAGAAUUCACACAGGAGAGAAACCUUUCGAAUGCCCAGAAUGUGGCAAAAGCUUCAGCCAGAAGGCAAACCUCACAACUCACCAGAGGCUUCACACUGGGGAACGGCCCUUUGUUUGUAUCACUUGUGGGAAGAGCUUUGCGCAGAAGAUCAACCUGCUCACCCACGAGCAGACGCACGCCAAGAAAAAAAAGAAAACCGACGGCAGACACAUCAUGAUCAAUUGAUCCGUCCCACUUCAGGAUCUGGCUGAUUCAAUAAACGGAGAGACAUGUUCAGCUGUGAUAACCAUAAAGUGCCUGGAAAUUAGGUUGCUCCAUUUCACAAAGUCUACUUAUUUUUGAAUAAACCUACACGGUUCCUGAGAUGGCUAAUUUUACUGUUGGUCUAGUUUAAGACUAGAAUUGACAGGUGCUACUUUAAUAAAAAAGGGUAGGUAUCACUGGGAAGUAAUUCUCUCAAAACACUGCCUGUAUAGGUGGCCCUAGAUAUCUAUAUAAUAUGCUAAAAAGACCAUAUACCUCACUCCUUCCAUAGGAGGAAACAAACAAGCACUUGUACAUUUUUCCCCCCAUUAUCAUCAUCAUCUAUUUUGUUAGAAUAAAAACAAUAGCCAUUGCUCUGUUCUAAACCUUAGUACUUGUAUAGUUCCCCACCAUUACAGCAUACUGUAACUGCAGUCUUGGGAAAAAAAGACAUUCUUUGGGAUAUUAUCGUUUCUUGGGUCACCUAUGAAUGGAACAUAUGAGAUAUUUAUCCGUUUGAUUCCGUUCUAGAGGCAGUGUAUCUCCACUAAGUGCAGUAAAAUAGUGAUCUAUUUUUUUUACCUCCCAACUGAAAUGGGCAAAACUUCUUCCACGGAUGUGGUAAAUGAUAAACUGUUCUGUACAUUAGGCAUGCCAACUACUUUCUCUGCUCAAUCUUGGGCGUACACCUCACGCACUCCAGAAAAAUCAGCAGUGGAACACAUGACGACGUGUGCAGAAGCUGCCGCAAAACACUGCCAGUGUUCUUUCCAACACUUGUAUAAAGGAUUUGUACACAAACCCUCCUAUCCCCUCAAGUACCAAAAACAAAAAGGAAAAAUUCAGUUCCCAGUAAUACUUUCCCUUUUACAAAAAAACGAUGCAUAAGGAAGAAAGUACCUCAGAAAUGAAAGUAUUUUAGAAUGCUCUAAAAUACGACUCAUUCUCUCCAAUGUUUUCUAGCCUUAUAUUUACAGAAUAUAUUUCCAGUCUGUGUGCGUGUCUAUAUAUAUUUAAAUAUAUAUAUAUGAUGUUUCUGAUAUCCUUGAAACAAACUGAAUAUCUUGUAUUGUUGAAAACCUAGAGAAACCUCUACUUCUUGUUUUUAGAGAAAUGCCUUGGAACUUGUAGACAUGGGAAACCUAUUUAUUGUGUGGUAGACAUUUUUAGUUGGGUGUUCAGGAUUUUGGAAGUCCCCCCCCCCGUCAAAUCAAGUAGUGCAGUAGCAGUCCUAAUGGUACAUGAAGCUACAAAAAUCUCCAUGUUUUAAUGGUGUGUUCAUUAAAGCUGGUCCACUAAUGUCUCCAUGACUGGACCUUAAGUGGGACAGUUGAAUUGGAAUAUUUGAAUGCAAUGUGAAAAUGUAAUCAUGCUUUGCUGGUUAUGAGAAUAAUGCCAAACAAACUGCGGUUAAGGCCGGCAGUUAUUAGGAAGAAAGGCUGCACUGCAAACAUUAUCGUUGGUGUAACUUACUAAGGUGUCUUAACAGAGCCUUUUGACCACUAUUGGGUCACAGUGAAUGUAAAACCAGUGUUUGCAGUGGCUCACUUUAAACAUACUGUACAUGCGAGGAUUCUCUGAUGCAGUUAUAUUUAGGAAACACUAACUAUGCGGACAUUGAACUCAUAAGGUUUGCAAGUUGUUUUAAUGCAGUCCUUUUAUAUACACGUCAAUUUAAAUGAAAUGUUUUUUUAUAGAUCAACAGUCACACAAACACAGCAAUUAAGGUCUUUUGGUUUUUCCUGUUGAGAACUUAGUCAUGUUGUCUCUGCUGCCCUUGUUAGGGUAUAGGUCUUGGCAAAAAAAAUUCUUUGGCCAUUUGAUAGCCUUUAUGUAGUAGGCACCCCUAGGCCCGCUGACAUUGGUUGCCCCCGUCCCUUCCCUUUUAUUUGUGCAAAUUUUCAUCAUCUGGACUGGAGCAAUUGGGAAAUUUAAAAAACAAUUUUAUCUCCUGAGCAUCCCCAGUGUUUCUGAACCAAUGUGGGUGUGUUUGGGCAGCAUGCCACCCCCUAAAAUCCUGCCGCCCUAUGCCCGGGCGUUGGUGGCCUCUCCUCAAAUCUUGGCCUGUAUGCAACUAAAUCUUGCCUCCAAGCCUGGAAUUCAAAAAGCACCACCUGCUUUGAUGCCACUGGGAGCAACAUGAUUAGUUACAUGUUUUCACAAUGUGACUAUGAAGAUUUUCAUUCAUCCAGGUCAUGGUAUAUCUAGUAUAAGUAAUUCUAAAACAACUGAACUUGCUAAGUAAUCAUUGAUCCUUUUUAUGUGAUUAUUAUUGAUGGCAGAUUCUGUGGCUGUGUUGAGUUCAACUACUCGGAUGUGUUGCGGUGUAACCUCAUAGUUUAACCCUUUGGCAAGCACAUCCCAAAGGAUCCAACACCUAAAGAAAAACAAAGCAAUGUGAUAUACACAGUCCAGUGUAGUAAGUGCACUUACGUAUACAUUGAGGCGACAAAACAACUGCUCACUAAUCGAAUGGCUCCGCAUAGGAGGGGGAACACUACAGGGCAAGACUCAGCUGUCUUUUUACUCUUAAAACAAAAGGGACACUCCUUUGAAGAUAACAAUGUCCAAAUUUUGGAUAAAGAAGACCGCUGUUUUAAAAAGAGGCGUGAAAGAGGCGAUUCAUGUCAAGGUGAAGAAACCAUCCUUGAACAGAGGAGGGGGCCUUCAACACCACCUUUCUGCCACAAACAAUGCUGUUCACAUCUGUACCCCGGCGGAUUCAGAACACUUCACACAUCCAUUCAUGCGACUCUCACAAGUAACACCUGUUUCUAGGAGUUGCAUGACACAUGGUAAUCCUAUCUCAGUGACUACACAGAAUCUACACCUCUGGCAGUUUCAGAUGUCACCUCUCUGAAGAGUUACAAUGUGCCAUUGUGAUUGGAUUAGUGGAAGAGUUUAUAUGCCGAGAACCAGUCAGUAGUGAAACGUCUUCAAUGAUUUCUCAGCAAGUCCAGUUGUUUUAGAAUUACUUCUACUAGAUAUGUUGUUCAGAAGCCACUGGUUGGGGAUCACUGCUUGGCUAGAAAUCUGGGGAAAGCCAACUUCAGGCUCAUCAGGCAUCGUUGAACUUCAUUAGCAACACCAGAAGAGCCGCACAAUUGCUGACACUGAUGGGGAACAGACUUUAAGGGUUCUUGAAAGGAUUCCACAUUCUAUUAGUGAUCAUGCGGAUGGUGGAUGCUACUGCACUAUUGACAAUUCCAGGUUUUGUAUUCUUGUAAUAUACAUGAAGAAUCCUAUGAGCAUAAAUGUGCACCUGCCACAUGUCCUUGUUACUUUUUCUGUUAAAUCAUUCUGCACAGAAUACCUUUACUUCAACUUCUAUUUCAUCCGUACAUGCAGUCUGCCGCAUCCACCUGCAGGGUUCCCUUCUAUGUAGAACUUCAAUAGACCCUAUUCAUUUCUAAUAGCACUGAAUGCUGGGUUGGGCGUUGGAACCUGCGUCCGUAGCUUCUGUUAAAUGCGGAGAAACUGUAUAAACCUCUGAUUUCUGUUCACAUGCAAACAUUUAAGGUUCAUGUUCGGAAUAUGUUGGUGAUGCUUGAAUAAACUGCAGGUAUUCAAUUGAUCAGUCUGAUAAUGAUUAAGGUGUGACCAGGAGAAGUGAAUUUGCCAAUCAGGAAUUGUUUUUUGUUGGUGUUUUUUGGUUUAUAAAUGUUUAUCAUGACUGGCGAAGAUACACUGCAAUAUUUAUUUUCUUUUCAACUUUUUUCUUUGGUUUUUAAACGUGUUCUGCCAUUCUUCCCUUUGGAUAUGUUAUAAUACGUUGCCAUUUGUCCUAGAAUUGUUAUAUUUCAUACCUUAUUUACCAUCUAAUCAGUUGCCUUUGUACAACAACUGAUCUAUACCCCCAAAAUAUCCCUGCAGUGCUGUGCUUAGUAGACAUGUGCUGCUACACAUUUAUGGUACAAGUAGUAAGAACAUGUAGAGCUAUGCAUUUGCUAUGGAGGGUUCCAUUCAGUUGGCAACAUCCCAAUGAUGCAGCUCUUUGACCACUCCCACCUCUUUGGGGAGGUACAACCCAAAUAUAGUGCUAUAGGGGCAAAGUCAAAUUUGACUCUAUGCUGAUACAAAAUAAUAAGGAAGAACCACAAAACAUUGGCUAUAUCAAUUUUAAACACCCCCAACCUUGUAAGAAGUCAAGAGUGAAUUCAGGCCUCCUUUAGUAUGGCCUCAUUGGUUUGUAUGGAUCUAGAAUCAACCCACUGCAUAGAAUAUACUGGGCAGCGCUGUUGCAAUGUAUUUGUUUAGUCUCCCAUGCAUGUUUUGUACCAAACUUUGGGUGGGAUGUUUUAUUCCACAAUCCUUCCCCCUUCUAUUUUAAUUCUCUACUGAAAUGUACUUUUUUUUUCGUUCCCCUUUUCUCAAACACAUAAAACCAAAAUAAUAUAUAUGCAAAUAAUCUCUGUUGCGUUUCUUGUUUCUCUUUUUAAGUUAUUUCACACAGAGAGCAAGAGUCUACUGCUUCUACUGCUAUCCAUUUAUUUGUCUGUAUCACUGUCCGUUCUUCUUCUUUCCAGCACACACAUUUAACGCAUGUUAAAGUGUCUUCUUUGUGUGAAAUUAAUAGAAUUCAAGGUACUUUAGAAGGAGCUUGUUUGCUGUUCUAUAAAGUUCCCAUUUAGAAAGAGUGCUUACUAGAAUCCUUAUGAUUAAUGUGUCAGAAGUGCUGUAUUAUCUUCCAAUAAACCGUUUUGUUAUCAA